CGAAGCUUCUCCAAAGUCACAACAGCCAGAGCUGAGAGUUCUACUCAGGUUGUGACAGUUUGAAGUCGCAUGGACAACAUGCUGCGAUUAAGUCUCCCACCCACCUUUUCAAUGGGAUUUCACCUGUUAGUCAUCGCGGCUCUCUUGUUUUCCCCUGUGGACCGUGUAAGUGCUGAGACAGAAAUGGAAGGAGAAGGAAAUGCAACCGGUGAAUGUACUGGCUCCUAUUACUGUAAGAAAGGGGUGAUCUUACCCAUUUGGGAGCCCCAAGACCCUUCUUUUGGGGACAAAAUUGCUAGAGCUACUGUGUAUUUUGUGGCUAUGGUCUACAUGUUUCUUGGAGUCUCUAUCAUAGCCGAUCGGUUCAUGUCCUCUAUAGAAGUCAUCACAUCUCAAGAAAAAGAGAUAACCAUAAAGAAACCCAAUGGAGAGACCACCAAGACAACUGUGAGGAUCUGGAACGAGACGGUGUCUAACCUGACCUUGAUGGCUCUGGGCUCUUCUGCUCCUGAGAUUCUCCUGUCAGUGAUUGAAGUGUGUGGCCAUAACUUCACUGCAGGAGACCUGGGCCCCAGCACCAUCGUAGGCAGUGCCGCAUUCAACAUGUUCAUCAUCAUUGCGCUGUGUGUUUACGUGGUUCCCGAUGGGGAGACCAGGAAGAUUAAGCACUUGCGCGUGUUCUUCGUGACGGCAGCCUGGAGCAUCUUUGCCUACACCUGGCUCUACAUUAUUUUGUCUGUGAUCUCUCCUGGUGUUGUGGAGGUCUGGGAAGGUUUGCUCACGUUCUUCUUCUUUCCCAUCUGUGUCGUGUUUGCUUGGGUAGCAGACAGGAGGCUUCUCUUUUACAAGUAUGUCUACAAGAGGUAUCGGGCUGGCAAGCAAAGGGGAAUGAUUAUUGAACAUGAAGGAGACAGGCCAUCUUCCAAGACUGAAAUUGAAAUGGAUGGCAAAGUGGUCAAUUCCCAUGUUGAAAAUUUCUUGGAUGGCGCUCUGGUUCUGGAAGUGGAUGAGAGGGACCAAGAUGAUGAAGAGGCUAGGCGAGAAAUGGCUAGGAUUCUGAAGGAACUUAAGCAGAAGCAUCCAGAGAAAGAAAUCGAGCAAUUAAUAGAGUUAGCAAACUACCAAGUCCUAAGUCAGCAGCAAAAAAGCAGAGCAUUUUACCGAAUUCAAGCUACUCGCCUGAUGACUGGAGCUGGCAACAUUUUAAAGAGGCAUGCAGCUGACCAAGCCAGGAAAGCUGUUAGCAUGCAUGAGGUCAACACGGAAGUGGCUGAAAAUGACCCUGUCAGUAAGAUCUUUUUUGAACAAGGGACAUAUCAGUGUCUGGAGAACUGUGGUACUGUGGCCCUAACCAUUAUCCGCAGAGGUGGUGAUUUGACCAACACUGUGUUUGUUGACUUUAGAACAGAGGAUGGCACUGCCAAUGCUGGGUCUGAUUAUGAAUUUACUGAAGGAACUGUGGUCUUUAAGCCUGGUGAGACUCAGAAAGAAAUCCGAGUGGGCAUUAUAGACGAUGACAUCUUUGAAGAGGAUGAAAAUUUCCUUGUGCAUCUCAGCAAUGUCAAAGUGUCUUCUGAAGCUUCAGAAGAUGGCAUACUGGAAGCCAAUCAUGUCUCUACCCUUGCUUGCCUCGGAUCUCCCUCCACUGCCACUGUAACUAUUUUCGAUGAUGACCACGCAGGCAUCUUUACUUUUGAGGAACCUGUGACUCACGUGAGUGAGAGCAUUGGCAUCAUGGAGGUGAAAGUGUUGAGAACAUCUGGAGCUCGAGGAAAUGUUAUCGUUCCCUAUAAAACCAUCGAAGGGACUGCCAGAGGUGGAGGGGAGGACUUCGAGGACACUUGUGGAGAGCUUGAAUUCCAGAACGAUGAAAUUGUGAAGAUCAUUACCAUUAGAAUAUUUGACCAUGAGGAAUAUGAGAAAGAGUGCAGUUUCUCCCUUGUGCUUGAGGAACCAAUAUGGAUAAGAAGAGGAAUGAAAGGUGGCUUCACAAUAACAGAGGAGUAUGAUGACAAGCAGCCACUGACCAGCAAAGAGGAAGAGGAGAGACGCAUCGCCGAGAUGGGGCGCCCCAUCCUGGGAGAGCACACCAAGCUGGAAGUGAUCAUUGAGGAAUCCUAUGAAUUCAAGAGUACUGUGGACAAACUCAUUAAGAAGACAAACCUGGCCCUCGUGGUUGGGACAAACAGCUGGAGGGAACAGUUCAUCGAAGCCAUCACCGUCAGUGCGGGGGAAGAUGACGAUGACGAUGAAUGUGGGGAGGAAAAGCUGCCCUCCUGUUUCGAUUACGUGAUGCACUUUCUGACGGUGUUCUGGAAGGUCCUCUUCGCCUUCGUCCCCCCUACAGAGUACUGGAACGGCUGGGCCUGUUUCAUCGUCUCCAUCCUCAUGAUCGGCCUACUGACAGCUUUCAUCGGAGACCUGGCUUCCCACUUUGGCUGCACCAUUGGCCUGAAAGAUUCUGUGACUGCAGUUGUGUUCGUCGCACUGGGAACUUCAGUGCCAGACACAUUUGCCAGCAAAGUGGCGGCCACCCAGGACCAGUAUGCAGACGCAUCCAUAGGUAACGUCACUGGCAGCAACGCGGUGAAUGUCUUUCUGGGAAUCGGCGUGGCCUGGUCCAUCGCUGCCAUCUACCACGCAGCCAACGGGGAACAGUUCAAAGUGUCCCCUGGCACACUAGCUUUCUCUGUCACUCUCUUCACCAUUUUUGCUUUCAUCAAUGUGGGGGUGCUGCUGUAUCGGCGGAGGCCAGAAAUUGGAGGUGAGCUGGGUGGGCCCCGGACUGCCAAGCUCCUCACAUCCUCCCUCUUUGUGCUCCUGUGGCUCUUGUACAUUUUCUUCUCCUCCCUGGAGGCCUACUGCCACAUAAAAGGCUUCUAAAGGAACAACCAGAUAUAGUAAAUUUAUAUAUAUAUAUACAUAUAUAUAUACAUAAAAAAUUAUGUAUAAUGAACAGAGGAAACUGACAUUUGUCAUGUUCACCUACCUGCUGACGGAAUCCAGCUUCAAGAGCAUACUCUGUACUAGGGCCGAAGUAAGAAACCAUCACCUCCCACCCCCAGGGGCAUCGUCGUACUGAACAAGGCGCGGAGGCAGGGUCCUCCUUACAGCAAGGCCUGGAAGGGGCGCACUCUGUCCAGGUUCACAAAUCGUUAAGGCUUUGAUUUAUUUUCUUGUUUUCAAUUUUGUUUCAGUGGGACUGGGGAGGUGGUUGAUCUUUGGCUUUUGUUGAUAGUUUUGUUUUAUUUUGUUUUGUUGUUUUGUUUUGUUUUGUUGGGAGGGUCAGGGCUGUUGCUUGUGUUUGUGGGAAGCGAUGACCCAUCCAAAUGUAAAUGGUUUUUUGGUAAAAAUUUAACUGGUUAAGAUUCCCCUCACCUCCUCCAAACACUUUAAAACAUUAUUUUGGAUUAAGAAAGGAUCUGGGCAUGGAAGAAGAAAGAAGCAUGUCUUCACCAUAUUACCAAAUUUCAUGCUUAUCUCCGGGAUGUGAGCAGAAGUGAAACUGCCUCCAAGAAGAAACAUAGAACCUAGAGUGGAGCCAGGAAAUGCGAUGGCUCUAGAUAUAGUCUGACACUUAAGGCUAUGUGACUGGCACUCUUGUUCAACAGGUAUAGGGAUAAUGUGCCUAGAUUCCCAGGAACAUGCAAAAUCCUUUAUUUCUUAUCUCUUUAGCUCUGGACUGUGACUAGCAAGGCCCGUAUUCCAGCAUUCCAGACCAGCUAAGCCCCUAAGUGUCCCAUUCCCACCCCCUUCCUCCUGGCCACCUGCCAUUCCCCAUGAAGAAUCAUCCCAUUCAAAAAAAGAAUAAAAACCCCAUCCUUCUUCAUUUGCAUUAAUAUGUGUCCCAGGGCCAUGUUGCUGUCACCUGGGAUUGCCCAUCAGUUUUAUUUUCAAAGGCAUCCAUGGCUUGCACAAUCCUGUCCCAGUCGUAACUGAACCUUUGCUCCUUCUUCAUGUGCCUGUUUGGAAAUGUUGUUGUGAUACCUGUAACACAGUGCAUGGAUGAAAAACAAAUAAAACAAAGCCUAUCUGUACAUAGUAGAGUAGAGCAUAUACUGUUCUCCCAUUCAGCGAUGUUGAUUGGACAUUGAAGACAUAAGCGAGUUUUCUUUUCACCUGAGUUGUUACUUUUGUGCUGUUAUUGACUUUGAUUAUUACUAGGGACAAAGGAGAAAAAAUGGCUUAUUGUUUAUGGAUCUGCACAUGCAUUUCUAAGUAGCAAUAACUGUCAGGUGGGGAGAAAUUAAAGUUAUUGAGAGGAUAACAGGCAAACUAUACAAAGAUCUUCAUGGAAAAUUAGCCAUGUAGAGCACAUCAGAGGCCUCUAAGAAUCACCCAUUAGUUUGGGAAAGUCACAGGGAAAGGCCUUGCAGAAAAGUGGCUGCAUUAGAUGUGCCUGGGCUUUCAGAGCCACCCUUUCCUCAACACCCUUCCCUCCAAAGUAUUUAUUUCACAUCUGCUCUGUCUGGCACAGAUUGUAGAUAGUGCUGGUUCGUUCAUUUUACUUUUUUUUUUUUAAUGUAAAAGGCUAUUUCCAUCCCUGUUUAUUUCACUGUCCAGUCUAGACCCCUCUGAUUAUAUUGGUAGUUCCUGACUCAGAAAGAAGCCAGGGUAACCAGUGGGCCUUUGGAAGUGUGUCUUUUCUAUUUGUGAUGGAAGAGAAGGCAAGUAGAUGUUCUUAGUGCCUCCCAGGAGGAUUGCACUGGGAGGGUUUAGCCCUUUAAAAGGAAUGGCUCUUUCUAUUGCAGAAUACCAAAGAACGUGGAUAAACCCAACAUUCCAAAGUAGUGAGUCCACUAAUGAGAAAAAAUAGAAUGACUUCGGUCACCUCCCAGAGAUGUCUCUAUUUAUAAGGAAUCUCAGGCUGGAGACAUCCCUGGCACUCUAGAUUGAUUCAAAGAUACUUGAGAAAUUGAAGCUGUCGUGGUUUAUUUUUCCUUCUUCCACUCAGUAAUCAUCCAACAUUUCGUAAACAUCAUUUGGUGACAGAAAGAAUAAUUAAAUGCUGGUUACUCACUCAAUAUGCCAGGUGAUACGAUAUUUCCAGGGACUAGAAUCAUGAACAAGACAGCCCAGAUCACUGCCCUUCAGGGGAUGACAGUUCGUAUGAUUGCCAUUUUUACCAGGAAAAGUUAAGACAAGCCACAUGGAAAUAGUUUUAUCUUGCAAGGAAAAACACAUUUACGAAACCUUUUUAACAUAAACACACUGAAAGUGUACAAGUGUAAUUGUCCAUAUAUCAUCGAGAUUGUCUUAACUAAGAAAGUAUAAAGCAUAGGUUUGGAAAAGCUCCCUCUUUAUCCUUGGCCAACAUGAGAUAAGUACAUCUCCCACUUUGAAACCAAGAAAGGCAAUCAUGUCGGUGAUGGGUUGACCUAUCACAUACAACUCCUGAGCCCAGUUAAUCACAGUUUUUAUAGUUGUUGGCCACAGUGCUUCUCUCCAACCCACACCUUUAUGAGUCCUUAUCUGUCUUGGAGAUCUAUCACUAACCUGUCACGCCGACCAACAUUGAUGACCUUCUUUUUUUUAACCCAGGCUUUUUCCCCCCCUUGGGAGAUUUACUAAGUGGAAAGCUAGCCUAGAAACACCAAGUAAACACCAAGGGAUAUAAGUUGUUGAAACAUUAGAAAGAUUUUGCACUCAUUUUUUAGCCAUAUUAGGAAUGUCAAUAAUCCCGUAGCAAAUUUUCACAGAGGACUUUAAGAAAUUCUUUCUGUCGGUCAAUUUCAACUUCAAAGCUUUUUGGUUUGUUUGCUUUUUAAAUUUUCAUGCUAUAGGAAAAUACGAUUCUGGAUGUUCAGGGUUGUUAUUAAUUAUGAUAGUUCUGUAAAAUUAUUUCAUUUGAUUUGUUUGACUAUUUUAUUUUGUGUGUGUUGUGCACAGCUUUAGGGGGGAAGUGCACUAAUUGUGCUGUUCCUUAUAAAUGGUACACAUCAUUGACACAGACAAAUAAAGUUUCUAAUUGUUUCUGAUUUAACCACUAGUAAUACAGCAUUUUCUGUACGGAAUGUUUUCUCUCUUCUCAUUGUCAUCGACUUCAUUUUUUGUUUUCAUGUUUUGAAGAAAUAAAGAUCAAAAAGGUA